GACGCGCACGGAGGCGGCGUUGCGCUCAAAGCUACUCUGUUUUAUCUGUAACUGUCUGUGUGCAGGUUACAGUGUCUCUGUGCGUUUGAGUGAUAAAGUCAGCGUCUGAGUCCGAGUCUCAGGAGGCUGUCGAAGGAGUUCACCUGCAGGCUGUCACCAAUGGAAACCAGACAACAAGAGUUGUACUCUAGCGUUCUGGGUGAUGCAGUGGUGGACUGGGGCAGCAUGGGUCCAGAGGAGGCGUGGGUUAACUCAGUCACAGGAGAGUGGGAGCAGGGGUUUAUGGAUUCCCAGCCACUGAGGGAGGCUGAAGAAGACUUGGUAUCAGAAGUGAAUCUGAACAGCACCAACAUGACAGAAGAAGAGCGGGAGGAGAUUCACCAAGAACUGGCCAAACUGGAAGAGGAGAUCAACACACUGAGGCAGGUUCUGUCGUCCAAGGAGAAGCAGCAGGCAGAGCUCAGACAGAAACUGGGCGUCAAUCCUCUGAGCGAGUUCAAGAACAACCUGAGCAGAGGCUGGCAAGACAUGCAGACCUCCACGGCCUACAAGAAGACAUCGGAAACGUUGUCCACGGCAGGACAGAGGACAUCAACCGCCUUCAGCAACUUUGGUACAGCCAUCAGCCGGAAGCUUGGAGACUUAAGAAACUCUUCCAGCUUCAAGUCCUUUGAAGAAAAGGUUGAAAACACUGUGUCCACUAUCAAGACAAAAGUCGGUGGCACAGGCAGCGGCAGCAGCUUUGAAGAAGUCCUCUCGUCCGCCGCUAACGCCAGCUCACAAGACACGCCCACUAACAACUUAACGGACGUUUCCGAGAGUCCACGUUAGAGAUGUUUCCAGAUGAGGAGCAACUCUUUGCUGCAUCACAGCGUUUUGUAGAAUAUGUACAUCUAAUAAAAGCUCUGACCUAAAUAAUAUUACAGAAUACUUACACAUACUUAAAAAAAAAAAAUUCAGUCACUUAUCCAAACCACAGCAUCAAAGUGUCGUCCUGGGUGAAGACAGGUUUUAGAAAAUCAAGCUAAAUAUCAGAUGGUGGAGAAAAUAUAUUGAAGUGACUUGGAAUGUGACAAAUGUACUGGUGACAGUGAGUAUCAGUUCUCAACAGACUCAGUUACGACCCUAUGACCUCUACUGUCCAUUUGAAGAGAUUAAUGCAAAUGCUAACCUUUGUGAUCUAGGGCUGCAGCUGAGAUGUAAUUACACUGUUGUUAGUACACGUGAUAGGUUAAGAAGUUCAUACUGCGUUUCUCACUACUGUGAAUUAAUAAUUUUACGUGUUAAAACUUGAU